AUGAGCGAUAUUAAGCGGCUCUCGCAUGAGCAAAAUGCAGAAACCGAAAUCACAGCUAUAGAGGACGAGGUCAAUGAGAGAGCGCUACUCCGUAAAUUAGAUGGGAGGCUUCUACCGGCAGUCGGCGUCUUAUAUCUUCUCUCAUUUCUGGAUCGUAGUAAUGUUGGAAACGCCCGUAUUGAGGGCAUGGUGAACGACCUUCAUAUGACGGGGAACCAGUAUCUUACAGGACUGACAGUUUAUUUUAUCGGCUAUGUUCUCUUUGAAAUUCCUUGCAAUGUUAUCCUCAAAAAGACGAGCCCUCGUUUAUGGCUCCCGACACUGACCAUAGCGUGGGGUAUUGUUGCCACCCUUCUUGGAGUGGUACAAAACCUGUCUGGUUUUCUUGUCGCGAGAUUUUUUCUAGGCGUCACAGAGAGUGGGCUCUUUCCGGGCGUUGUCUUCUAUCUAUCAAUGUGGUACAAACGAAGAGAGCGACAGUAUCGAAUUUCCUUGUUUUUCAGCGCAGCAUCACUUGCAGGCGCAUUCGGUGGCAUAUUAGCAUAUGGAAUAGGGAAAAUGGCUGGAGUAGUUUGGAGUAAUGGAUGGCGAUGGAUUUUUAUUCUUGAAGGAAUUGCUACAGUUAUUGUGGCCACCAUAGCUUACUGGUUUAUCGAAAACUAUCCAGAUACUGCCAAGUUCCUUACAAAACCUGAGAGGGAGCUCAUUCAGACCAGGUUGGCAGCGGAUUGCGAUGCAAUGAUCAAAGAAGAAUUUAAUUGGAGUGCUGUACUUGAAGCAGUAAGGGACCCAAACUGCUGGCUGUAUAGCUUGGGCUUUCAUACAAUGAGUUUACCACUUUAUACCCUUUCCUUAUUUCUGCCAACUAUUAUUAGCAACCUCGGGUAUACAGCUGCGAAGGCACAACUGCUUACAAUUCCUCCAUAUGCAUUGGCGUUUCUCACUACAGUAGGAGUUGCCGUUGCCUCUGAAAAAUUAGGAAAAAGGGCUGUUUUCCUUGUUGGCUCUUCCCUUACGGCGGCGAUUGGGUACAUUAUUUUGCUUGCCAAUACUGAUCCCGUUGCGCGACCUGGGGUUUCAUACUUGGGCACAUUCUUUGCUGCGGCGGGGAUUUACCCUUCGACCGCACUUGUCCUUUCAUGGCCUGCGAUUAAUGUAUCUGGGCAAACCAAAAGAGCAAUUGCCAAUGCAAUGCAAAUCAGUAUUGGAAACUUGGGAGCUGUAAUGGGAACACAGCUAUAUCGAGCAAACGAUGGGCCGAGGUUUAUUGUCGGCCACUCAAUGGCCCUAGCAUAUCUAUGCGCAAAUGCUAUUGUGGCUAGCUUCAUUGGAUGGCGUCUAAAGGCUCAAAAUAAGGCAAGAGCAGAAAUCUCACCAGAGGUCCAGAAUGUGGGUGAGGCGGUAGACUGGGAGGGAGACAAAGACCCUCGGUGGAGAUUCUCGUAUUAG